AAGUUGCUUUAAAAUAUCAAAUAAAUCACGUGUUAAUAGUUUUUCGUUUUUCGUGUGUCAAUUUAAUCCUCAUCCUCAUGAAACUCAAUUAUCAUCUCUACUGCUCUCAUCUCAGAACAAUAAACUGGAAGUACAACUGAACUCCCAUGACCCCCUCAAUGGAAGAUCUUAACUAACUACUCUUAACUAUAGUGAAAAUCGCCGUGCGUACAAACGAGGAAAGGAAGGAAAUCCAGUUGGGUCUCCAAUCUCACGCACGCGGCCACCACCAGAAGACUACGCACAGCCGCCGCCGCCGGGACGCCACCACGCUCCCCGAGGCUGAUCCAUCCAUGGAGGAAAGGCCCGUCUCCCACCGGAGUAGUUGCACGGUCACCGACGCCGACGAGGAUGACCUCCCGACGCAGUGGAACAAGUGGCGCCGCGCAGCCGCCCUGUCUCGGAGGACCCGGCGCGCGCCCCGCGUCGCCGUGCCGGCCAGCCCGACCUGCGCCUGCGGCGGCCGCAUGCGCAGGGUCCCCAAGCCCAGGCCCAUGCCCACCGCCGUGGACGAGCGCGCCGACGGUGCCUGCGGCGGUCUCGCCCCCGUGCUGCCUCCGGCGGCGGCGGCGGCGUGGUAUCCGUAUGAUCUCAUGUGCACGGAGUGCGACGGCGAGACCGGCUGGCGCCGGCGGAAGCCGGCGUGCUGGGCGGCGGAUUGGAAAGCCGCGCGGCCGCGGCAGCGAUGGCGGCCAUAUCCUUCCUUCGCCGACGUGGCCGCUGCCCUCGGCGAUCUGCGGCUCGGCGCCGGCGACGACGAUGAUCAUUCCGAUGAUCUGUUGCACGCUUUCCUUCCACCUGGCUUCCUGGCUUGAAUCUUGUACAAAUACUAGGUAAGUACUUAUUUGCAUAUUUCAUGACUUGACAGCAUCUAAUCAGUCUCUGCUAAGCUCAUUGCUGUGUUGAUGCUGAAAACUCAUUACAGCGAAAUUGAAAACAUAUUAUGAUUCUUCAAGAAUGGAAAAAAAGGGAUCAAGGAUGAAUCUAAGCUACAGUCUGAUUAGAAGGUAGGAAUGAUAAGAGUAGUGCUGACCUGCAGAGAAUGUCACCCGUUCGUGUGGUUUUCCCAUAGAUCCAAUCUGGGAUGAGUUCUUGUCGCAACCUCAACUGUUCUUUUAUCUCACCUGGAACCUUAUCGAUUUAGGAUCAGAUUGCAGUAUCCGGAUAUGUAUAAAAUGAUGAGCAUGUGUUAUAAAAUGGGCACCGGUAAACAGUGUCUCAUGCUCUGUUAAGUAUGGGCUUGAAAGAAUUGCAGUUGAAAGAAUCAUUUUAGGGCCUUUUUUUUUUGCCUACUCUAUUUUCUUGAUCGCUAGGAAUGAAUUCAGAGGAUAUCAUUCGAGGUACAUACAUCUAUCCACUAUUUUAGGGUUACUUGUAAUUAUCUUGUAAAUGAGCUCUUGUUUUGUCAUUACAGUUUGUUCCCUUGAGCCCUUGACUGAAAGAUCAGAAAGAUAGUGUCAAAAGUGCCAGGCAAGCACGCGAUCAGCUUUUGUCUUCUAAAGGUAUCUGCAAAACCUGUUUCCUUUUCCUCCAAACCUCUCUUCUCCUUCUGCUUUAUCUGCAAAGAGAGAGAAUAUCAGGUUCGGAUGCCAUAUGUAGAGAAGCGAAACGGAAUUUCAGUAACAAGCGAGCCCGAAUCUGAAAGAAAAUGAUAAACACAGUAUCUUUGUGAGUUACCCUGCUCUAUUUCAACAAAAAAAAAAAAAACUGUCCAUUUUAUUUUGUAAUCAAGUAACCAACUACAUCUUCAUAGAGGGUAGUAUAAAUAGAGAUAUAUAUAUAUAUAGCAGAAACCAUGAUCAAUACAUGUUGUAGGAUAGGAUCCAUCAAACAGAUGCUCAUAAUUCUGUUCGUAAAUUAUGCAAAGCAUAGUGUACUGAUAUAACUUUGCUUACCCACACAUUGAAGUUUGAACAUCGAUCCUCUUGUUCUACUAUUCAAUAAAAAAAAGCGUGAAUAUUAGGGAAGUAUCUAAUACUCCCUCCAUCCCAAAAUGUUUGACGCCGUUGACUUUUUUAAAAAUGUU